UUCAAACCAGACAGCCUGCUGAACAGAAUAGAGCAGAGCUAACACACACACACACACACACACACACACACACACACACACACACACACACACACACACACACACACACACACACACACACACUCCUACAUAGAGCAGGAUUGCGAGAAGGAAACCUGGGGAGUUCUACAGAGCCGGGUAGGAAUUAUUGCAUGGGACUCUACCGAGGACUCUACUUGGAUUAUGUGUUGAGAUACGUCAAGACUGAUUGGCAUUUGCAAGCCACAAGCCACAUACUUCCACCUGAGAGGGAGAGCUAGAGAAAGAGGGAGAUAGAGAGAGUGAGAGAGAGAGCUCUGCCUAGAAAGCAAAGACUUGCCCCUUUCCUGUCUCUCUGAAUCAUUGCGGAGCCGAUAGCUGCCUUAAAAGGAAGGGAGAACGAGAGAAACCUCUGCCCCCCCCCCCCCCCCGCGCCCCCGACCCAAUCCCAACGCUGCUCCUCUACCACAAGGGCCCCGGACCUCUCACCACCUGUACAAGGAGCCCCAGGAGGGCCCAUGCCCAGGGUCCUGGUCUCUGUCGUUGCUGUGCCACCAUCAGCCAUGGAGGACGUGAGAACAGCCCUCCACCUCUCCACACCUCCUCCUUCUCCUGCCCCGGAGGGCGGGGAGACGGUGUGCGCCGCGCUGGCCCGCUACGAGGACACCCUGCGGGGCACCAUCCGUGAGAUCCACGGGGACGUGAGCGCCUUCAAGCUUGACGUAGAGCGGCGUCUUGAGGAGGCGGCGGACGCCCCGCUGGGCCGGGCGGUGGCCCAGCUCCAGCAGGAGAACCAGCAGCUGCGGGCCCAGCUGGACGCCCUCGCGCAGCAGGUGGAGCUGCUGUCGGGGAUGACGUAUGAGCAUCAAGGUGUCUCCACCUGUUCCGACAUCUACACCAACAACAGCCAUCACAGCAACGACACUGGUAACCCCAGCCUAAACCACCACAACCGUCAUCACGGCGACAUUGGGCUGGACCUCCACCAGGAGGUAACAGAGGCGGUCCACGGGAAGGGCCAGGUCCAGUUCCCCUUCCAGGGCAGCAUGUGUCCCAGGGGUCCGACCAGCUCCCUGCCACCUGGCUCCUCGUCAUACCCAGAGCCCGUCUGCCCCCCACCGGGCCCCAGAGUGACCUCCAAGAUGACCAGUGCUCCGGGCAUCAGCGACUGCCCUGGUACCGCUCGCUUCUCCAGCAGGGCCACCUUCGCCCUGUACAGCAAGGCCAAUAGCGUUGACCACGAGGAGCCAAUCAAAGUGGACCCCGCUCUGAAACAUUCCGGGCCAGAGAACGGACACACGGCCCAUGCAGUAUAUCUAACCCACUUAUCAGAAAGCCCAAUGUUGGUGCAUGGACAGAGCUCCCCACCCAACAACCUGCCCCACGAGCACACAGCUGCAGUGUCCUCCCGGAUGCUCGACCUCCCCAUGACAGCCGUGACCAAAGUGGCCGAGAUGAGGGGCCCAGACUCUCCUCGCAGCCCCAUUGGCUGCCAGUCCUCAUGUGUCACAGAGGCUUUGCUUCCCGCCAGCCAGUCAACAGAGUCAUACUGUCAGCCAGUGUCUACAGCCAAAGCCUGGACCCCUGCAUCAAUCAGAAAUUUGGGAUUUCCCAGAAUUCCUGACAAGACCAACUCAGCUCCAGCUAAGUCUGUGACGUACUCCGGCCUGGCUCCGUGUGAGGGCAGAGAGCCGUCCGUUGGACAGGUAGUGGAGAAGAGACGGGAGCUAGUGAGGUCACAGAAACAGCCACGUAACAUUGGUGCUCAGGCCCGUCGAUCAAUCUUUGAAAGACUUGAGGCUGAGACAAAUAGCCACCCUCAGCCACCCGACAAUAAACCUAAACUCCAGCGCUCCCAGAGCUUCGGUGUGUCCAGCGCCAGCAGCAUCAAACAGAUCCUCCUGGACUGGUGCCGAUCCAAGACCCUGGGAUACCAGAGUGUACAGCUGCAGAACUUCUCGUCCAGUUGGAGCGACGGCCUGGCCUUUUGCGCGCUGGUCCACUCCUUCUUCCCCUCCGAGUUCGACUACACCUCUCUGUCCCCGGCCGCCCGAAAACACAACUUUGAGCUGGCCUUCGGAACGGCAGAGGCAAAGGCGGGCUGUGACCGUCUGAUUGAAGUGGAAGACAUGAUGAUCAUGGGGCGAAAACCAGACCCCAUGUGUGUGUUUACCUACGUCCAGUCCCUCUACAACCACCUGCGGAAGUUUGAGUGAAGGACCGCAAAAGAACGAUCCAAUUCCCUGCUUUACAUAGAAGAGAGCGCCACCUGGUGGCAGAAUGAGUACAUUACCGAAGGCUGCGGUGAUGUGCGUGUGUCUCAGAACGCUACAUUGGGGUAGUGUGUAGGUUGACUUGCUGUUUACGUGUAUGAAUUGAUAAUACAAAACAUAGGUCCUCAAGCUAAUUCGUUUUAUGAAAUUAUACAGCAUUUAUUUGGCCCUUUGUAUUGCAAACAGGGAUAUAUUAAACGUUUUUUUUUUUCGAUAGGCCUUGUAUUCAUUUACCAUCAAUAACUUGACUCAGCAUAGUUGUGUGGGGUGUGUAGCCCAUAGGUUACAAUCAGGAAAUUAGGAAAGGUUAGUUAAAUUACAGAUAGUAACAUUUUUAUUGGGAUCAUUUCACCAAAAUAUGUAUACAUUUAUAUCCAAUGUUUAGCAUAGCCCAUCUUUUUCUUUAUUUGAGACACUUGCAAUCAACAGCGUUAAUGGGACAGGACCUACUGUGUUUUCCGGAGCUCAUCUCAUAGUAGGUUAAGAUCAUAUUUGUGUUAGUCUAAUAAAACUAAAUCUGUCAAUUGUUUAAAAAA